AACUGUUGAGUUUCAUCGAAUGCAACUUCUACAGCCAAGUUAACACGCCGUGAAAACGACCAGAUUUGCGAGAUUAUCUCUUGUUGUUAUUGAUAACAGAGAGUACAGUUGUUACCAGUUUUUAAACGUACAACGCAAGAAAGAACACGAGAAGUGUCACUGUUAACUAGGUCAAGUCUUGACAGCUGAGUUGCGCGAUUCAACAAAAGAAACGCAGUCUGUUUCAGUGUGUCGAUGUUUGAGGGAUUCCGACGGGGAGAUGAUGACUGGCCAGAUGAAUCCACUGGAUUUGAGGGAUGAUGAGGUGGGAGAAGUGGCUGAAUCGGACUCCCUGGUAGACCCAGAAGAGGGAUGUGUGAGAGAUCAUCAGCUGGUUCUGUGGGCAGAUGCUGCUGAUAGGGACCGAUAUACCAUGUACAAUGUUCCACGUAGUUUGCCACCUAGUCUACCUGCCAGUACCACCAUCACGCCUGUCCCGUCAUCCCUCUGUAUCUACUCUGUUAAAGUGCCCUUUUCCAGUGAGUCAGAUAUUGGCACUGAUAUUUUUUCAGCUUGUCGUAUAUGCCAUUUACCUGGAGAUGAACAGGACCCUAUCUUUUCUCCCUGCAGAUGUUCUGGAACACUACAAUACAUUCAUUACAGUUGCUUACUGAAAUGGAUUCAGAUAUCUUCAAAGAAGUCCAGAAAGCCCCCAAGGUGUGAGUUAUGUCACUACCAGUUCCAUAGACACAAGAAAUUUAGGUUCCACUCUUGGAAGUUACCAAAGGUGAACCGCAGGGACAAGUGUCUACACACGAUUUUCAUACUGAACCUGCUAAUAAUGAUAUCCUGUGCCAUAGCCACUGUGAUGUGUUUCCUCUCUGAUAAAGGCCAGAUAACGAAGUUCCCUCAAAACCGGGCAGAACUAACGACGGAGGAAAUUAUUACGCUUUCAUGUGGAGUGCUUUUUUUUGUCUCCUUCUUCAUUGCUAUGUCUGUGGAGAUCAAAGCUAAACAUACUGUGUACAAAUUGGCAGUCAAGUUUCUUAUGCAAAACAUGGAGUGGGAAAUUGAAGAAUACGACCGGAAGAAAGACAAGCUGUAUAGCAGAACAGAAGAAUUUGUGUGAACAAGGACAUUAUCUUGUCAAUGCCUAUUUCUACAUUGUAGCAGAACCUCGAUCUAGAAGUUGUUUUAUCAGGUAAUCCCUGCACAAAGAAAGGUUUUUUCUUGUUCAUCUAUUUUUAAUCCCUUAGGAUACAAGAAAAAAAGUGGUUCCCUUUGUUUACUUGAACUGUGGACAAUAUUUUUCUUGUCGUCUGUCUUUUGUAUAUGGCAACAGCAGUGGUGAAGGCAGAGUACCUUGAGCUGAGACAGCUUUCUGUUAUUGGACCUCCAUGUGGGCAUUACUGUACUAAUUACUUUGUGCUGUGGCAUAUAAGUGCUGAACAAUAUUUGUAUGACAAAUACAGCCUUUCUUAGUUUCCCGGCUUCAUUUCUGGCACAGUCACGGGGACUAACAUUACCAGGAGAGGUUAUUGACUUGUGCCAGUGAACAUUCUGUGAUGUGUAUGGUGUCUUUGUGGCAUUUGUGUCCUUGAAGACAUGUCAGGCUUCAUUAUAUUUUAUCAAGUGGAGUACAUGAUUAGGGGUAUUGGAAAGUGUUACUUCCACGGUUAUCUGAUGUGAAGAACUCCUGUGGAAAUGUAAGAUUUUCAAGUAUGUACUUGUAGCUCAGCCUUCGCCCUUCAGGUAUUAUGCGAUUUCCAGCUCAGUUCUACAUCAAAUCAGCCGUUUUGGCCUGGACAUAAUUUCAGUUUCAUGUAGGUUUUUGCAGUGGUUAUAUAUGUAUUAGAUACCAAUGCACAUUUAUUCAUACAAGCAGCAUGACCUUUGCAAAUAAUCAAAUGCAAACUUCAUUUGAGGAUUGAAACUUUUGACUUGUCUCAUUUGGUUACACAGCAUUGUGUGUGACACACUUCAUCUUGCUUCAUGUACAAUUUUGUACAUAAACAUAGAAAACCAAAUAUUUAAUGGUAAGGGUACUUACUGCUAUCGUGGAAGUUGCAACCAUGUGCUGGAUUAAAUUUGCUUAGAGUGUAUACACGUGUACAUGUAUACAUGUGCUAAUCUUUCAGGGAGUUUUGUUUGUUACCUGCUGAUUCAUGAAGCAUGUGCUAAUAUUUGCUUUUCAUUUGCAGUAUACUGUCAUCUGUUUUAGAUUAAAUGUUCAUAUUUUCUGCAUUGUACAUGUAUAUAGAUAAUAAUAAUAAUAAUAAUACCUGCUAGGUGGUUACUGUUGUGCUAACAUUAAAUGUUUUAACUAAACAAAACCCAGUUAAUAAUGUUGCCACUUGUGUGCAAAAUGUGCUACUGUAUCUGUUAAAAAUGUGACAUUGGAUCUAACUGCCCCCCUGGAAGUAAUUUAUGUUGAUUGAAAGAAAUAGAGGGGAUUGUUUGCACUAGCAAUAACUGAAAAUGGCUAGUGACAUUAGAGAGAAGUUCAUUGGAAUUUAUCAGAAAACAUCUGCCAUUAAGCCUGUGGGAAAAUCAGCUAUUGCUGCAAGUGUUGCAAAGAUAAAUCAGGGUGUAAUGGUAAUUUUAUAAUCGUAUUAAGUAUACAUAAUCAUUCAAUAUGUACAUGGGGCUCUACCAAUAUUGUUAAUUUAAAAUAAUGUCUGCAUAAUGUGCUAACUUCGCACAGUACUGGUUAUUAUUUUAUAGACAUGAUCUAUAUUACCUUAGUGUAUUUUACCUCUAUUCAAGUUACAACCUGUUUAUGUAAAGAUAUUUUUGCUGUUGAGUUUGUUUCUUCACUGAUGUUUAAAGUGUGAGUCCUGAAGACCUGAUCUACUUCUACUUCUUUGAAGAUUCAUAUAAUUAUAUUUUUUUAAAAUAUGUUCAAACUGGAAUCUCAAGGUACAUGUUCAACAUAAACUGCCUGGCCAAUGGACAAGCUCAACUGUGAUGGUGUCAACAUGGUGUUUUUCUUUUGUCUUGUUUUUUCCCCAUUGUUUCCUGUACAUGUACCAUUGUGUGUCUUCAAAGUUCAAGCCAUAUGCCAGGCAUAAAAAAACCUCUCCUUUCAUUUAGUGUAAUCAUACAUAUUGUGCAUAAACAAUUAAACUGCAGUGUAGUUAUUUAUGUACAUGUAUGUCACCUUAUUUUGUAUUGUUGACAAGAUUCAUGGUAAUAAUUUGCUUGUAUGAGGACUAUAAUCCAUGAUUUGGGCGAUGAUUAAGUGAUAAAACAUGUCUUGGACUGAAGUGAAAUAUUAGUGUACAGGAGGUUACUGUUAGUUGCCUUUUUCGCAGUACCAUGUUUUGAUUUGUGAGAGAAAAGGGAGAGAAGAUACUGUAAUAUGUCCAGAAAGUAUUGGAAACUACCAAUAUAUUUUAUGAAUUACAGUGGGCUUGCAGUAUACAUAUAGGUGUAUAUAAGAUCAGUAUUAAGGUGGUAUACAUGUACCCUGAUUUGUUACAUGUACCAUUUUUUUCGCUUCAUAAGAAGAGGGAAUGAUGUGCAUUUUUGUACAUGUGCAUCUGGGAUUCACACAAGUCAAAUAUUCACGGAUGAGAUUGGAAUUAAAUGAGAGUGUUGUUUCAGAAUACACAGUGUCGUAGGUAGCGUUACAUAUGGAAUGGGUCUAACCUUCAGUCAGUUGUCUGGAAGAGAGAUGAUGAUUUUUAUGCCACCUUGUAGUUCACUUUGUUUACAGUACACCGAGUUUACAGCUCUAAAAUUUGCUAUAUUUCAUGGGAAAUAUUACUUUUAGGGUUUAAAUAUUAUCUUGUGUUGUGGUAGAAAAAUCUGUACCUUACAUGUUGGACCAUGAGAAAGUGAAGACUGACCAAAUUCGAAGUGCUUAGUCCAGAUUAUGGUGCUCAUGUAAGCUACAUGUAUCUACAUGUACUUUUGUUCAAGGCUGAGUAUAUGUAUAAAAUAAUGCUAGUGCCUGUCGCUGUUGUUGAUGGAAAUUCAAGAUAAAUCCCUGAAGAUUGAAACUGUCGUCAAUUUAGCAAAUUACAUGUAUUCAAAUAUAAUAACAAAUGUAAACCACACUUUUGAACUACUGAAACUGAGGAAGAAAUCAAUGUUUGAUUCAAGACCACUAUGCGUGUGUUAUACUUUUUUUACACACAACAUUCCUCUUUAUGAAGCAUAUAUAUUAUAUGUAAGACGUCACCCUUAGAAGACCCCCCCCCCUUGAGUCAUCACUGAUGUUUACAAGACUGUAAAUACUUGAGAUAUGUGACCUUUGGGGACUGAGGUGCAACCACACUCAACAAAAGGUCAUGAGUGUUGCCAGUGACCUGAUUUGAUGGUUGAAAACGUCGAAUAUUGGGUCACUUUGCUCACUAUAAUGCUGGUGUCCAGCAUAUGGUUGUGAGAUCUACUAUUUUAGGGCUAUAUUUAACUUGGUUGGGGAAAGCAUUAUAAUGGGGUUAAUGAUAUGUUCUGCAGCAUGCGGUAACGAGCUAUUGAUAGCCUUAGGCAAGUGUCUUGCUGACCUCAGAAACCAGAGCUGCCAACACCCUACCCAUGACCUUUCCGAGUAACUGGUAAACACCCCAAGCUUUCUGAUAGCUGUGUCCAGUGAUAUCAUACCUAUACAAAUAUCACUGACAUGUUGAAGGCACUGUGCAGUAUUUACAGGUCCUAAUCUAGGUGUUGUAGGUCUGGUACACUUUUGUCUCGAUGGAAGAGUGGGAUCAUUUUGCCUAAAAAGGACGCUUUUGGGUGAAACUGGAAAAGGAUAGCCUCUCGGUAUCACAGACUGAAUUAACCUAGAUUAGACCCUGAAUUGCUUAGAUUGUAUAAGAGGUUAUGACUAAGUUAAAUAACGUUCAUUUUGAUAACAUCUGGAACGUCUGGCGUUUUCGUAUACAUCCCACAGUACAGUUGCUUGGCCUCUUCCUCUGAUUAGAGCUCAUGUAAUUCAGCAAAAUUUAUCUGCAUUCAUGAUGGGUUUUUCUCUCUGCUGUGCAUCAGUGUAAGAACAUACAUAGUAGAGUAGUGGGGCGUUACAAAGAAUGAACCAUUUCAUUGUGCUUGGAGUACACUGACCUGUUUUGCCUUGCGUGUGACGGUUUGUCGCCUUAACUAUCACUGAAAGGAACAAGGGUUAAAAUAUGGAAUAAGUUUAGGGACCCAAUACAGCCCAGGCUCAUUUGUUAAAAUUAAUUAUCACUAAAUGAUUGUUGGACAUAGGGAUUGUAUUGAGAACCUUCAAGGCCAGCAAAGGAAUUAUCUCAAUUUAAAUUAAGUAAUUACACUACAGUGUGUCAAAUAAGUAGAAUCUGUUAAUGGUUUUUAUUUUAUUGUUUAUUGCUUCUCAGAAGCUGGGAUAUCUUGUACAUAUAUCCUACGUUAUGCUGCUUUUGAGGGAAACUGGAAAACUACAUGUCUGUGUACAGGUAAUUCACGAAAUAUUUUGCUUGAAAAUGUAUCACAUCGUCUUGUAUUAUAAUAUGGAUAUAACUAUUUUAGUAAUUAGAAUUAUAGACUUGUAAAUAGACGUGGAUGGCAAACGUUCAUUGGCAACAUAGUUCCAAUUUUUUUACUAAGUGCUGUAAAUAUGUACAGGGAUCAUAUGAUCGCGUGAUCUUGCCUUUUCUGAGAAAAGAUGAUUUAUGUAUUGAUUGUACAUACGUACAGCUGCCUACCCCUCUCAGUAUAUGUACAGAUGCUAUGUGCUUGAUAUUAUUUAACUUGUUAAUAUCAUGAA